AUGACAAGUGAAAGUCCUGUCAUUAUCGUCGGUGGCGGGCUGGCCGGUCUUGUGGCUGCGUUCGAGCUCUCCAAACGUCAAGUCCACAGCGUUAUCGUCGACCAAGAGAACGAAGCAAACCUUGGAGGGCAGGCGUUUUGGUCUCUUGGAGGCCUCUUUAUGGUCAACUCCGCCGAACAGCGUCGGGUGGGCAUCAAGGACAGCCGUGAACUCGCGCUGCAGGAUUGGUUGGGUACCGCACGCUUUGACCGCGAUUGCGACUACUGGCCGAAGAAAUGGGCCGAGGCAUUCGUCGAUUUCACGUCAGGAGAGCUUGAGACUUAUGUCAAAUCACUCGGCUUGAGUAUUGUCAGCGUCGGCUGGGCCGAAAGAGGCAGCGGAGAUGCUGGGGGCCAUGGAAACUCGGUACCUAGAUUCCAUUUAUCAUGGGGCACCGGACCUGCAGUGGUCGAUAUAUUUGAGAAGCCUGUCAGAGCAGCUGCGAAGAAAGGGCUUGUGGACUUUAAAUUCCGCCACCAGGUUGACUCUAUAGUGGUGGAUGAGCACGGUGCGGCUAUCGGCGUGCGGGGCCAGGUUCUUGAGCCGUCGGAUACCAUUCGCGGAGUUGCAAGCAGUCGGACGAGCAUCGAUAAAUUUGAGAUAUGUGGAAGCAAAGUGCUCAUAUCCAGUGGAGGUAUUGGUGCCAAUAUUGAACUAGUCAAGAAGAACUGGCCCGUUGAUCGAAUCGGCGCAAUCCCAUCCAACUUCGUCGUUGGUGUCCCUGCCCAUGUGGACGGACGUAUGAUCGAAAUUGCCCAGGUGGCAGGCGCCAAUGUAAUAAAUAGCGAUCGCAUGUGGCAUUACACUGAGGGCCUUAUGAACUGGGAUACAAUCUGGCCAAAUCACGGAAUUCGAAUCAUUCCUGGUCCAUCUUCACUCUGGCUGGAUGCUACGGGUCACCGAUUGCCCCCAAUGCUCUACCCUGGAACCGAUACACUUGCUACCCUAAAGCAUAUCUGCCAAAGUGGCCAUGACUACACAUGGUUUAUCCUUAACAAGACGAUAAUAAGCAAAGAGUUUGCCCUUUCAGGCUCCGAACAAAACCCGGACAUUACCGGGAUGAGCUAUCUUCAAACUCUGAAACGCCUUCUGGGCUGGUCUCCCACCGCACCUGUUCAAGCAUUCAUGGACAAAGGAGCCGACUUCGUGGUUGAGAAGAAUCUUCCUGAACUGGUUGCUGGGAUGAACAAACUAGCGAAAGAACGAGGCGGACCCGAACUUGACGUUGAACACAUUGAGAAAGAGAUCCAUCUUCGCGAUAGCCAAUGCGACAAUCCAUUCAGCAAAGAUGCCCAGAUAAUGCUCAUCCAAAAUGCACGCAACUACUGGCCUGAGCGAUGGUCUCGGGUGGUCAAGCUCCACAAGCUCACAGAUCCUAGCCAUGGCCCCCUGAUCGCAGUCCGGUUGAACCUCUUGACUCGAAAGACCCUUGGUGGACUGGAAUCAAAUCUCAACGGAAACGUCCUUCGUCCAGAUGGAACAAUCUUCCCAGGGUUGUAUGCUGCGGGCGAAGUCGCAGGAUUUGGAGGAGGUGGAGUCCACGGUUACAGUGCUCUGGAAGGUACUUUCCUUGGGGGCUGCAUCUUUUCCGGACGAGUGGCUGGUAUCAAAAUGGCUGAGGCAAUUUUGGGGGGCUCAAAUGAGUCCUCGUAG